ACUGGAUUUAGGCGAGCACUCAGAUUGCCUGCGCAGAAUACCGGCGUGUGUUAUCUUGUCCUUCAGUGUUCGUGAAGCUGCACGUGACCCCUCGGUGUACAGCUCGUGACACACAUUUUUUCUUUUUUUAAUCGUCAGUUCGCCACACGUUAACUUCAAAAUUAAUAACGCCAUAACUGCCGUUGCUAAAACCGUUGGUUUUGUGUAUGCGCGUUACCAGCCGCACGCUCGCUCUCUCUCUCUCUCUCUCUCGCUCUCGCUCACACGCGCUCACUGCACAUCACGCGCUCCCACCACCCCCACGAGCUCACGGCUCACACAGCUGGUUAGCUCGCUAGCUAACGGCCGCUUCUUCCCGACUGGCAGCGUUCCGUUUUUAAAUUGGCUCUUUUUCUUCCUUCGUCCCGGUUAUGUGUUGACGUGGUUGAACGUCGAAGUAACGGAUUAUCCUCGCCCGUCCCUCGGCUCGACCGGGAGCCGCCAUGGAGUGCCGCGUGCUGUCCAUACAGAGCCACGUAGUCCGGGGAUACGUGGGCAACAAGAGCGCCUCGUUCCCGUUACAGGUGUUAGGGUUUGAGGUGGACUCCAUCAACUCUGUCCAGUUCUCCAACCACACAGGUUAUUCUCAUUGGAAAGGCCAGGUGUUGACCGCAGAUGAGCUCCACGUUCUUUAUGAGGGUAUCAAACUGAACAACGUCCACCACUACGACUACGUUCUAACAGGGUACACCAGAGACACGUCCUUCUUGGAGAUGGUCGUGGACAUCGUUCAGGAGCUCAAGAGAGCCAACCCCAACCUGGUGUACGUGUGUGACCCCGUCCUCGGUGAUCAUGGAUCUAUGUACGUUCCUCAGAAUCUGUAUCCGGUCUAUAAGAACAAGGUGGUUCCCGUUGCCGACAUUAUUACCCCGAACCAGUUUGAGGCCGAAUUAUUGACGGGGAAAAACAUCAGCACGGAGAAAGACGCCGUGGAGGUCAUGGACCUCCUCCACGCUAUGGGCCCAGACACAGUGGUCAUCACCUCCUCCGACCUGCCCUCCAGACUGGGAGACCGCUUCCUCGUGUCGCUGGGCAGCCAGCGCCAAGUUCGCCCCGACGGCAGCCGGACGACGCAGAGGGUCCGAAUGGAGGUCCACAAAGUAGACGCCGUCUUCGUAGGAACCGGAGACCUGUUUGCCGCUAUGCUGCUAGCGUGGACGCACCACUACCCCAACGACCUGAAGAUGGCCUGUGAGAAGACUUUUUCAGUGAUGCAUCAUGUUAUCCAGAGGACAAUUUCAUACGCUCACGAGUUAGCAGGUCCUGGUCGGAAGCCCAGUCCGCCCCAGCUGGAGCUGAGGAUGGUUCAAAGUAAAGCCGACAUAGAAGACCCUGCUAUAGUUACGGAGGCCACGGUGAUAUCCUAACGCCACCGACCCAUAAGACUCAUGCUAACCUUGUCCUCUUCGCGCCCCCCCCCCCCCCCCCCCCCCCCCCCGUGAAUCUCUCGAAUCCAGUAUCUCGGUGAAUCUCUCAUCACUGUAAACCUCGACUGUCGUUUCCAAAACUUCAACGCCUCCAUUAUCCAGAAAAAAAAAGAAAAGAAAAAAACCUUUAGUAUUGUAACC